AAAUAAUAAACCUCAACAUAUGUAUUUGUUCAUUUCUUUCCUCCCUAUAUUUUCAUCCCUUUCUCUUCUUAUCUGCUGAAAGCAAUAAUAUUCUUCUCAUGCAGCCGCCAGGUCGUCGUAAGACUCUCUUCAGUGAAGCAGGAAUCAUGAAGCACCGCAAAAACAAUAAUCUUUCCAUAUUUGUUGUAGUUUUCUCUGUAUUUUUGUUCGGGGUUUUCAUGUACAAUGAGGACGUGAAGUCCAUAGCGGAGUUCCCAUUUUCAAGGCCUAAAGCUAGUGAAAUCCAAGAUGAUCAAUCCAAACAAGGCAACUCAGUUCAAGAAUCUAUCAAGAAUGAGAAAGAAAAAGUGGCUUCAUUGAACUCAAAAACUUCACCUGAGGAAACAACAAAGAAACCUGAUCAUGACAUGAAAUCCAUAGUUGCGAAAGAUGAUGAGCAAAGGCUUGCAGAAGACAAAGAAAAUGAUGAGCAGAAGAUAGAAAAGAAAGAAGAAGAACAAAAGAUUGAGCUACCAGUUGUUGAAGAAGAUGAUGAGGAUGUUGAAUUGCCUCCGAAGGACUGUGAUCUCUUCACAGGACAGUGGGUUUUUGACAAUGAAACAUAUCCUUUAUACAAAGAAGAUGAGUGUGAGUUUCUUACAGCACAAGUUACUUGCAUGAGGAAUGGAAGAAGGGAUUCUAUGUAUCAGAAUUGGAGAUGGCAGCCUAGAGAUUGUAAUUUACCCAAGUACAAACCAAGAUUAUUGCUUGAGAAGCUGAGGAAUAAAAGGCUUAUGUUUGUUGGAGAUUCAUUGAACAGAAAUCAAUGGGAAUCCAUGGUUUGUCUGGUUCAAUCUGUUGUCCCUCCUGGAAGGAAGAGCUUGAACAAGUCAGGGUCCCUAUCUGUGUUCAGAAUUGAGAACUACAAUGCCACAGUGGAGUUUUAUUGGGCCCCUUUUCUGGUGCAAUCAAAUUCAGACGACCCGAACAGGCACAGCAUCUUGAAUCGUAUAAUCAUGCCUGAAUCAAUCGAGAAACACGGUAAGAACUGGAAGGAGGUGGACUAUUUGGUCUUCAACACAUAUAUCUGGUGGAUGAACACUUUCACUAUGAAAGUUUUACGAGGAUCGUUCGAUAGAGGGGACACAGAAUAUGAUGAGAUCGAUCGGCCAGUAGCAUAUAGGAGAGUAUUGAAUACAUGGUCUAAAUGGGUUGAUAAAAACGUGAAUCCAAAUCGAACCACUGUCUUCUUCAGCAGCAUCUCUCCUCUUCAUAUCAAGAGCUUGGAUUGGAACAACCCAGAUGGGAUCAAAUGUGCCCUGGAGACUACCCCAAUUCUCAACCAGUCAAUGUACCUAAAUGUUGGCACUGACCGCAGGCUCUUUGUCAUAGCCAGCAACAUUACUCAAAACAUGAAAGUCGUCGUCCAUUUUAUUAACAUUACAAGUCUUUCGGAAUACAGAAAAGAUGCACAUACCUCAGUCUAUACCAUCCGCCAAGGCAAAACGCUGACCCCGGAACAGCAGGCUGAUCCAGCCACUUAUGCAGAUUGUAUCCAUUGGUGCCUUCCCGGGUUACCGGACACGUGGAACGAAUUCCUCUACGCACGUAUCAUUGCUCGCUCGUGACACGUAGACAUAAUUCACGUUAUCCUUAUUACUUUCUUUUAUUUUAUUUUUUGGUGUGGCUUCGUUACCUUGGACAUCGGUUUUCCUGUAAGCAUCUGUAAUUUAGUCUUCAACAUUUGAUCGGAUGUAGCUUCAUAGGGGGAUGGACAAUCAAAAAAAUUUUUUUUUUCCUUUGUUGAUUUAAUGGGGACUAAGGUGCGGGGGCCAAGAAUGCCAAAUUUCUCACUCACUCAGCAAAACCUGGCCAAAGCCAAUGCACAAAAUUGUAUAAUGCAUAUGUUGGAAACUUUGAAAAAGGAAAUAAAGGUUUAUACAAGCACAAUUUCCUCUCCAUUCACUAUCAAUUCUUGGCUUUUCUUCCUUUCUUUUUCUUUGUUUUUGUUUCUUUGGAUACUAGA